CGAGGCGGGUUGCUACUACUCAUACCAGCCCGACCCAAAUAGCAGUCCGUCAUGCCGCACAAUCCAAGUGUGCUUCUGACGGUUCUCGCCCGAUUCCGGGUUGAGCAACACAUAGUCCACCCAAUGACCCGCCUCAGUGGCGCUCUGUAAGUCGUCGCCAUAGAAAUACCCCGUGGCGUCCACACGGAGGCUGGGAUCACGCCCUCGAAACUGCGGGUUAUGGUGGGCUAUCGUGUAGCCGUCUGGGUCGAUGAUGAAGACGUACCACUGGCCGUCAACACUCUCCUUGGUGUUGUAGUAGGCGACGGUCUCCUCCAGGCCGAGGGCGACGUAGAGGUUCAUGGCCUGCUGCACGAAGGCCUUGGUGUAGGCGGGGGCGUCGGACUUGCCGGGGCCGCGUUCGUACCAGCCGGAGCCGAAGGUAAUGCCGUCGUGGAUCACCACCCAGGAGUGCUUGGUCUCCACAACGCCAGAGGCGGGAUUGGCAUAGGUGUAGUCGAACCAGGCGCCGUCCUGGUCGGCGGAGGCGGCGACGGCGGACCCGGUGGGGUAGGAGUUGGGUCCCAGAGCCUGGGAGACGUGCUUGCCCACCAGGUCGGGGUCGGGGGCAUGAGCGAUGAUGGUCUGGUUCUCAUCGAUGAUGAAGACGUACCACUGGCCGUCAACGCUCUCCUUGGUGUUGUAGUAGGCGACGGUCUCCUCCAGGCCGAGGGCGACGUAGAGGUUCAUGGCCUGCUGCACGAAGGCCUUGGUGUAGGCGGGGGCGUCGGACUUGCCGGGGCCGCGUUCGUACCAGCCGGAGCCGAAGGUAAUGCCGUCGUGGAUCACCACCCAGGAGUGCUUGGUCUCCACAACGCCAGAGGCGGGAUUGGCAUAGGUGUAGUCGAACCAGGCGCCGUCCUGGUCGGCGGAGGCGGCGACGGCGGACCCGGUGGGGUAGGAGUUGGGUCCCAGAGCCUGGGAGACGUGCUUGCCCACCAGGUCGGGGUUGGGGGCAUGAGCGAUGAUGGUCUGGUUCUCAUCGAUGAUGAAGACGUACCACUGGCCGUCAACACUCUCCUUGGUGUUGUAGUAGGCGACGGUGGCAUCUAGUCCUUCCGAUUCGUAUCUGCUGAUGGCGUCUCUUACUAGGAACUUGGUGUAGUCGGCGGGCGUCGACUUGGGAGGUACGGUCGCCGUGGCAUAACCCGUGUCCAACUGCUCCUGUAUCUGCUCAAUGAGAGACGCGACGGUGGCCUCAUCCACGAGGGCGGGUGCGCCCGCGGGCCCUGGAGGUCCGGCUGGUCCGGGUGCGCCUGAGGAGCCCUGCGGCCCGGGAGGCCCCUGCCCCCCAGCGGGCCCGGCGGCUCCCUGGCAGGCAGCAAUUGACAGGAUAAGAGCGAUGAUCGGGAUUACUGUGAUUAGGCGCGCAUUGUCAGAUCUCCUGGUUGCGACGGGCGGCGCCGGACCUCACGGUGGCGAAUACUGCCGCUGCGCCGGAAGUGUCCGAGUCAAACUUCAGCCCGCGGAAGCGCAUACGCCGCUGCCAAGUCGUUGUUGCUCUGUGUGGCCCAAUCGACGUACUCAAAAUCGGAAUGGGCGGUGGCCGUGCCCUCAUCGGUUUUCCACGCGAUAAUGAAGUCAUAAGCCGGUUGCCCGAUCAUAUUGAGCGUGCUGAGCGUAGCAUUCAACCGCCUCGCUAUCACCCUGACGGAGUCGCCCGGCGUGAUGGUAGUAGUGGGGCCGGUCCAUUCCGGUAGGAAACGGACUUGGCGGGGAUGCAAGGUGACGAAAAUCGUGGGGGAGGGGUAGAAUGUUUGUGCUAGGCACCUCGGCUAUGGCGGCCUCAAACGCGGGCGCUGCUGCAGUCGGGGCCGGGUCGCCUGCUGUCUCUAGUUCAGGCAGUCGCUUAUCGAACGCCCAGCGAACAUCUCCAAAAUUCAUUGGUUGAAGAC